AUGGCUGUAGAGCGGCUUGUACGAGACGGCAUCGCGCACAUUGCUAAGAUCAACUUCGUUGCCGAGAUUGAGGGCAUACGAGCCGAGGCUUUGAAGCGAUCUACGAUUAUCUCGGCCUUCAAAAAAACAGGCAUCUCUCCGUUCAAUCCGAGCAUUGUGCUUGAACAGAUUGAAGCCCGUAAUGCGGCACAAACACCAUCGCCGCCGCGGCACACAUCGUCCUCGCCAAUCGGCACGCCACACACCUAUCGCCACCUUCAGAAAUCGGCUCACAAGGUUGAUGACCUUAUUGGCGAUCUCCUGAGCCCGUCAGAAAUUACUACGGAUGAGGCUAAUCUCGUGAGAGGCUUCAUCAAAGGCUCCCUUACAACAGCCGCCGAGCUCCUACAAGCAAAGAGGGAUCUAGGGCGCACCAAAUACGCACAGGAGAUCGAGGCACGCCGAAGAGCCUCAAAGAACUACAGGCUACAAAAAGGAGGCAUUUUGGAGGUCUCUGAGGCACGGCAAAUGGUUGCAAACCGUCAGGAGAAUGAGGAGGUGCGCGCACGGAAGGUUAUCGAGGCUGCGCAGCGCAAAGAGCAUAGCUUGCACCACAGGGCAGCUAUGGAGACGGCGAAAACAGCGCGCAAAUGGCGCUUGAGCGGGCGUUUGAAUGGCGUACGUAUUGUUGAGAGUGGGCGUCAAACGAGGGUGCUACGGAAGUUCUAG